AUGGCUUCCAAGAAGGUUUUGGAAAUUAUUGACAGUACAGUUCUUUCAGUCACAGUAAAAUUGAAAGGGAAAAUAUCUAAAACACUGGUUCAAAAUGCUGUGCGUCAGUUUCGCCUAACCGACAGAUGGUACGAUGUGUACGAGAUAGUCACGGAAGCGGUGGCGGACGAUAUUCCACGUGGUAUUGACGAGAAAUUCGAAAAAGUCGCUAAAGUUAAAGUUUGUAAGGCAAAUGGAACCGAAUCUUUUAAUCCAUGUCCUUACGACAUGAUAAAACUUGUGCAUGAAUUUGACAAAAACUUGAAACAUGUCACGAUUGAAAUAGAAUAUGAAGAUAUAUCUAAAACUGAUGCCCUGAAAGAUCAUGGAACAAGGAGCGCCUUUGAUGUGCUUAUGAAAGCAGCAGUCGAAAUGAAAAGGCCUCCCCCUAUACCUACUGAUAAAGCUAGGUACAGUGCAAAGGACCGUCUUUAUAACGAUGUCUUAAAUGACAUGAACGACAUAAAGUUUCCUGCACAUAUGAUAGCUGCAGAUGUAAAACAACAAAUGAUGAUCAUCAUUGAUGCCCUGUGGUACAUCGAUGCCCACCAUAUGAAAAUCAAUGGGAAAAGUACAAACAAAAUUCCUGAAAGAUUUGAAAAGUAUAAUGGUUAUGAUGAUUUCAAGAAGAAAAGAAAAGCACCACCAAGUUUGAGCGCUAAUGAACUUAAGCGGCACUCCAGUCUAUUAUUUCGACUGUCAUCAUCAACCUAUGCCAGUCAGUGGACAAACACAGCUAGCGAAUUGCAGAAGCUGUCCAUUUGUUUACAGACAUACGCUGCCUACCUCGAUGAAUCGAAUGUUCAGCAGAAAUUUCGACAAUCCUUGUCUCAUCCUGUGCGGCAAGUAGGUACACAUUCUGUUGUAAGAAACUUACCCUCGACUGACAAACCUGUGGAAAAAUAUUUCAUUCUAGAGCAAGUUCUCAAAGAAUCCGAAGAAUAUACACCAAUAUACUUUGACGAGCAAUUACAUAUCAAAGAACCCUUUUCAAACAAAAUGCAGAAAGUUAGGUUUGUAGCUGAAAUGACAUUUCCUUUUGCUGUUGAUGUCUUAGAAUAUGACCCAGGAUCAGGACUUGGGAAAGUUAUUUUUUUGUGGAGAGCACCCGAUGACAGGUCAACCACCGAAAUGAUUUCAUCAGCAACCAGAAUUCAUAAAAUCCUUGAGGGCAGGUUACCAGAAUAUCAUACUCAAGAAAUGAGACGAGAAUUUAAGAAAACCUAUCAGCGAUUUGUCCACAUCCCAGAUUAUAUACUGAGAGCUAUGUACUCUGAUUUGACAUUAGAUGCUACAGCAUCACAGAACCCAAGCAUAGAUGCCAGACUGAGACAGGCAAUUUUGUCUGAAGAUUAUGAUAUGGUGAUAGACAUGAGAACUUUGAACAAGGGUCGACCAGAUGAUACAUUUGAUGUGUUUUUCAAGAAGUUGGAUGAGGAAGUUUCUACAGUAACUGCGGCAGAUGAACGUCGGCAUGGUGAUGUUGCACAUUUUAGCAAAUAUAUCUCUGUACGAGAUUUGAUAGAACAAACAGCAAAGAAGUGCCCAGAUGGAACACCAAUACCCUCAGAGAGCACUGUACUUUUUGCCUUUGUGCCAAAAAAUUCUUAUGUAGAAACUGCUAAGUUAUACAAGGGAAGAAUAAACUUGCAGCAUAAAGUGCAGUCCAGACAACUGAGAGCAUCCCAUGUUGAUGAACAUUAUUGUGCAGCCAUAUUUCUGAACAUGAGGGAGUAUAGUGUGAUGAACAGAGAUGAAACAUGCUUUAUUUGUCUUGAUGAUAAGGCUAAGAUAGAUUAUGGAGAACCUGGUUUAGCAAUAUCUAGUGGUGUGAGAGGAAAGAAAAGCAUUGUGCCAGUAUCCACAGCUUUAUGUGCUCUAGAUCAUGAUGUGGCUUCAAAGGGUUCUUUGACUCCAUCAGUGGCUUUGGUUGUAGAUAUACCUGAAAGUGGGUCUCGCACAGAUACAUUUUACAGAGGACAGGUAUAUGUGACACUAAAGGACUCGGUUUUUCAACCAUCCACUCCAUUUCGGCAUGCUGCAGAAUUAUAUAAAAUUCUGGAUGGGAAUACUAAACCAAUAUUGAUGUUAUACACUGAUGGAGGUCCAGACCAUCGGACAACAUAUGGAGCUGUCAAAUUGUCUCUCAUCAUUUUGUUCAAGUUACUCGACUUGGAUAUACUUAUUGCUGCACGAACUGCUCCUGGACACUCCUGGGCCAACCCUGCUGAACGGAUUAUGAGCCUUCUGAACUUGGCGUAUCAAAACAUCGCCCUUCACAGAUCAGAAAUGAGUAGUCACUUUGAACAGCUGUUAAGGUCAUGUAAUUCAAUGACGGACAUCAGGAAAAAAGCAGAAAGGGAAAGAGGAUUAGAAGAGGCUUGGAUUCAAAGUCUUGAAAGUAUCACAAAUCAGCUCAAUGAUAGAACUAGUAGGGUUCAAUUAAAAGGAAAACCAUUUAUGCCAUGCGAGCCAGCAUCUAAAGAGAACAUUCAAGGAUAUGAGUCAAAAGUGUUUGAUUUUAUUGAUCCAAAUAUGACACUAGGGAAGUACACUCAAGCUGAUUUGAGGAAAGUUAAUGGUUUCAAAUCAUUUGUAGAGAAACAUUGUGUGGAGAGGAACUACAUAUUCCAGGUUUGGUGAAAAAGGUGAGGAAAUGUGAGGACCUAGGUUGCUGUAGGCCUGUGCGUAAUUCCAGUGGAGAACUGCCGCCAUUUCUUCC